CCUCGAUCAACCUCCACGAACACCACGACCUUUACGAACACGAUUUGCUACCAAUUCGCUACUGCAAGGCCCCCUUCAUCGUACUCCAACCCUCGUUCCUCCUCCACUUGCUUCUUUACCUCUUAAAGUCGAUUCUAGACAAUUCCAGAAACUAUCAAUCGUCGACACCCUGCAGAGAGAGAACCAACAGCUUCCCUACUGCGACUUCUCCCCACAUUCGCUUUUAUUUCCCCCGUACGACCGAUCGAUCUGAUUUGCCUGUCCUGACCUUUUCUGGAAUACUCAACAACCUUGAAAUUCCAGAGGAUUGAGAACAUUCACGUCGCGUGCUACCCUGCCCCGCGAUUCGCUCAUCCGCGUCCUCGGGCGAGCCUGGCUACAGUUCACCUAUACAACAUGUCGUCGGACUUGGACUAUAAUCGACGGAACAAGGUUCCAAGGCAACUUACGGAAUCAGAAAAGGCGCGUUUGGAAGAAUUCAUUGAUUCGAUUCAUUAUUCUGCAAGAUACUCUGAUAACGAAUACGAGUACCGCCAUGUUCAGCUUCCGAAGAAUAUGCUGAAGGCAAUUCCUAAAGACUACCACGACCCAUCGAAAGGCACACUAAAGCUAUUGUGGGAGGAAGAAUGGCGAGCGUUGGGAAUUACACAGAGUCUUGGAUGGGAACAUUAUGAAGUACACGAGCCGGAACCCCACAUACUUCUCUUCAAGAGACCGAUCAACUAUGUUCCACCAGGCCAAUAGAGGAUGUGUGGAAUCUUUGCUUGAUCUGAAUUUGCUAGCGUUUCUACUCCGCACAAGAACCUCCGAGCCAUGGCGUAUGCUUUGAUGAUGUUACGUUUAUGUCUCUCCGAUACAUCCACUUCGCGGCUCCAGCUCUACUUCGAUGCUCUAGAUUAGGAUCAAUUGAGGCCCCUUGUUUCGAUAUUUCUGGUGUUGUUGGGGGGUUUCUAGGGAGUUGUUUGAUCAUCGGCAAGAGUGGAGUCAUUGUACGAUAUGACUUUGGUGUAUGUGGAUAAACUCAAGAAAUGCAUGAAAACUUCUUCAAGAUGCGUGCGAUAUUAAGGUUCUGCCAGAGAAAAGGGGGGCUUUCUUUCUAGGGCCUGUCAAAACAAUGUUUCCGCAUUCCUCUUGAAAAUGGUGCCAUUCGCAAAGGACAACUCUUCAUCCAAGCCGGACCUAAAAGCUUU